UCGGCUCAAAAGUACCCCUAAAAACGCACUGUCUAUUAUUAUUAUUAUUAUAGAUACAUCAUAGUCCACACUGAUUGCAUGUAUAUCUAUCUAUUUUCGUUAAUAAAAUCAUCACACUAAUUGCAUGUAUCACCCAUUCAGCCCCCCACCUAAUCAAUGCAGCUGUGAGGAUGGCGAGCGAUAAUCGGCGUAGUAGUAAGAGAGUUAAGGAUAACGAGAAUGUAAAUUUGAAUGAGAAAAAGACGCCAACAUGUGGGUCGCCCGCGUCUAGCGUAAAGAGGUUAUCCAAAGAAUCGCCUUUAAAGAAACAGACGAUAGAGAGUCCGGUUAAAGAAGGUUUGAGUAAUACACGCAAGUCUAGUCGGCUUGAGGGGAGGGAUCCUAUAGCUGCUACUCCGGUUAAAAAAUUGACGACGCCUGUGAAGAGGAGUGAUAGAGUUAACAAGGUUGUUAAAAAAGCGGGUUCACCAAGUUUGAAGUCGAAGAAGGGGAAAAAUUUGAGGAGCUUGAAGCACUGUUUGAUGGAUACUAGUGAACAUAAGAAAGACAGAAAUAAGGGUUCUGAUGUUGGUGGUAGGAAAAGAAAGAGAGAGGCCGCUUCCGUUACGUUGUCUGCUGAGCCUCAACGUGUUAAAACUGAAGGUGAAGACAGUGAUCACGAAAGUCAGGAGAAGUCGUCUAAAGCUGAUUCCAGUAGCAGUAGCGAUGUGGAGGAGCUAGAAAAACCAGAUGAAGUAUGUCAACCUGAUACCAGUAGGACAGAAUGUAGUAACUUCAAGUCUCUGGAAGGUAAAGAUGGCAAUGAUGGUGAAUGCAGUGACAAGACGGGAGAAGAUUUUACUCCUAAUGCUUCUAUAAGACAAUCCAGAAUGUCAUAUAUGAAAGAAUCACCGAGUGACGCAACAUGUGACACAGAGAUGUCUGACAAAUCUAGUGUUAAGGAUAGGACGGCAUGUGAAGCAGAUGGUGCUGCUGAAGCUGUAGAAAUGAUAAAAGGUGUGAAGAACAUUAAGUCAGGUGUUCUUUCAGUGUCAGGAGUUCCAGAGUCAAUAUGGGAUACUAGAGAAGUGGAAGUCUCAGACACAAAAGGUUUGCAGAAGCAAUACUUUGUUAAAUACAAAGGUCUUGCUCAUAUUCACAAUCAGUGGGUAUCAGAAACUCGGUUGCUUGUUGAAGAUUCACUGCUUGUGGAAAAUUUUAGCAAAAAUGGUUCGAUGAAGUGGAGUGAAGAAUGGACCGUACCACAUAAAUUGUUGAAGAAAAGACUGUUAUUGUCUUUAGAGCCUCUACAAGAGUGUCAGAAGAUUACAGGUAAGGUCUUGAAGUACCAUCACGAAUGGCUUGUGCAAUGGCAAGCCCUUGGUUAUGAGCAAGCUACAUGGGAAUCAGAGAGUAAUCCUGUCUUAGAUUCACCUGAAGGACAUAACCUCAUAAAAGAAUAUGAGUGGCUAUAUUUAUUUAGUCAUCAUGGAAACAAAAAGACACAUGUUUCAUCAAAUGAUAAGACUGAAGAAAUGACAGUCAAACUUCCAAGUAUUCCUACUUGCAGCCCACCUGGAAUGGAAAAUAUCCAUUUAGGUUAUGUUAAGAACUUACAUGAUGCAUGGAGCAAAGGGCAGACCAGCUUAAUUUUCGAUGACCAGGAGCGGAUAAUGAGGAUUGUUCUAUUCAUCCUCUCAUUAAAGGAUGUAACUCUGCCUUUCCUACUAAUCACGACGUCUGAUUCCAUAUCACUAUGGGAAGCUAUGCUCUUAAAGAUAGUACCUUGUAAUGCCCUUAAAGUAUCCCUUGAGGACAAAGAUGAAAAGAGAACUUGUAGAUUGCUACAAGUACAUAAGGAAAGUGGUCAGUUAGCAUUCCAAAUACUUCUGUACCAUGUUGAAACAUUUGUUAAGGAUUUAAAUAUGUUAAAAUCUAUAAAAUGGGAAGCAGUCACGGUAGAUGAAUCCCAGAGUUCUGAGAUCUCUGCUCAUUUCAGUCACAUCAAGAGCCUAACAACCAAUAAGAGGUUGCUUGUGUUCUGUGGUCCAUUAGGUGUGAGCAUGACUAGUUACGUUGAUGUGCUUUCACUGCUAGAUUGUGAUGUCAUAUCAAAAACAGAAUUGGAUGAUAUCAGCAAGUUGAAGGAAACUUUGUCAAAGUUGAUUGCAUAUGAAUGCAAGUCUGGCAGCUAUACCAAGUUUGUAGAAUUUUGGGUUCCGGUUCAGAUAUCCAAUGUGCAGCUUGAGCAGUAUUGUUCUAUGCUACUUUCGAAUGUUUUGGCUCUUAGUUCAUAUUCAAAAAGUGAUACUGUUGGGGCCCUACAUGACGUUCUUGUGUCUAAUCGCAAGUGCUGUGAUCACCCAUACAUUGUUGACCAAACCCUUCAACGUGCCCUUACAAAGGAUCUUGAGCCUGCCAAGUUCUUAGACGUUGGCAUUAAAGCAAGUGGCAAACUGCAAUUUCUGGAUUUGAUACUCCCUGAGAUGAGAAAACGCCAACUCAGAGUACUUAUUCUUUUUCAGCCUUUAAGUGGGUCUGGAAAAGAUUCAGCUUCAAUUGGAGAUAUAUUGGAUGAUUUUAUUCGUCAGAGAUUUGGUGAAGACUCUUAUGAGCGUGUAGAUGGGAUUGGAAUGAUUCCUUCAAAGAAGCAAGCUGCUCUUAAUAACUUUAACGAUAAAGAGAGGGGUAGAUUUGUGUUUUUACUCGAAUAUCGUGCAUGUCUUCCUAGCAUUAGAUUGUCAUCUGUAGACGCUAUAAUCAUAUUUGACAGUGAUUGGAACCCUGCAAAUGAUUUAAGAGCGUUACAGAAAGUAGCGAUUGAUUCACAGUCGGAACAAAUUAUGAUUUUCCGAUUAUAUACUUCUUCAACGCUGGAGGAAAAGAUUCUUAGACUUGCAGAACACAAUACAACUAUCGACAGCAAGUUGCUGAAUCUAAGUAGGAGCACUAGUGAUGCGUUACUCAUGUGGGGUGCCACGUACUUGUUUGAUAAAUUAGAUGAGUUUCAUAGUGCCUCUGGCCUGCUUUUAUCCUCUGAAGUAAACGUGUGGAAUAAGUUAACAGAAGAGUUUUUAAACUUGAUUUCACACAUACCCAAUAACACAGAUGAAGCAAAGAUGUUAAUUACAAGGGUUCAACCAGUUUGUGGAUCUUAUGGUAAAAAUCUCCCAUUGCCAAGUGUAGCAAAUGAAAAACAACCUCACAUGUUUUGGAAAAAUUUGUUGGUGGGUAGGAAUCCGAGCUGGAAGUAUCUGUCCACAUCAACACCAAGGCAGAGAAAAAGACCCAGUUAUUCUGAGGCGUCACCUGCAAAAGCAAAUGUUAGCAAUGAUGAAGUUGGACGCAAGCGUAAAAAGAAUGCAAAUAACAUUGUUCAACCUGUUGCAUCAAAGCCAAUAUUAGAAGAAGCUGAAAUCGCAAGGGAUUCCAGAGUUCCUUCACAUAAUGUGUCACAAUCCCUUGGUGAUGCAAGCUGUAAUGAGAUGAGCUUUCGAGAUCUCCUGAAGCUCAAUAUUUCUAAAUUAUGUGAAGUUCUCAGGUUAUCGAAGGAUGUCAAGAUAGUGGUGGAAAGAUUUCUCGAAUAUGUAAUUGAGAAUUAUCGGGUCGUCAAGGAACCUGCAAAUACGCUACACGCUUUCUUGAUAUCCCUGUGUUGGAUUGGUUCUGCAUUGUUAAAGCACAAGCUUGAUAGGACGCAGUCCGUUGUUCUUGCAAACAAACACUUGGAUUUCAGAUGCAAUGAAGAAGAGGCACAGUCAGUGUACUUGAAGCUAGAAACAGCAAAGGAUAAGUUCUUAUAUCAAACUCAGAAUCAAAAUAAAACCAAUAUUUCAGGUGAUUUUAUACCACCAUCCCAACCUAUUUCUACCAAGUCAUUAGAUCCAACGGUUAUGGUAGAGAUUCUAGAAAGCCAACCUAUUCAAGUUGAUGAUGCGAUACUCUUUGUGGAGCAUAGGAACUCUGAAAUCUCGAAACAGAUAUCAAGUGAUUGCCACCAAGGUGACAUUAUCAAUCUUGACAUGUCAGAUCCUAUGGAAGCCCAGAAUGGUUCCCGCAACUCCAAUGGUUGCCAUUCACCUUAUGGUCAUUCAGUUUUACAAGAUCUGGAGAUCCAAAAGGAAUCUGCCCAAGCUAAUGAACAUCUAGUGGACCCAAGUUCUUUGCCAAAAAGCAAUAAUCUGCAAACCGUAGAACAGCAGUCUGAUUCACAUUCAACUCUUGGUGAACAACAGCCUGAUACACAUUCAGCUGAUAGAGUGGAUGGCCAACCAAGCAAUGAACCAAGUAACCAUUCCCAAGAUUCCGAGGCACUAUCUCAAUCCGUGGAAGCUAGUGUACAGGUUUCUAAUCAAGCUGCUACACCACAUGGGUCACAGCUGUUUAUUGGUCAUGGAUCUGACAACCAUAACCAAGGGGUCUCAAGGAUGUCUUCGUCUGAUCCCCUUCAAGCUGAACUGGAAAAGUUAUGUGAAUUGAAGGUUACUGUUAACAAAUGUCACGAAGCUAUUAAGGUGAAGCUAAAAUCCGAGCAUGAGAAAGAAUUAGAAGAAAUGAUUGCUCGGAUCAAUCAAAAGUACGAAGCUAGAAAUCAGGAUGUGGAAGCAGCAUUUCAUUCAAAAAGGAAGGAAAUUGAUAUCUGUUUCAACAGGGUAGUCAAGAGUAAAGUAUUGGCUGAGACUUUCAGGUGCAAGUGUCAAGAUCUGACCCCGUUUAACCCUGUUGAAAUACAAGUUAUUCAAUCAGGAGGAAUGCAACAGCUUCCCAGGACUAAUAUACAAUCUUCCCUGGGACAUUCCACUGGGAUUGCAUCAUAUUUACCUGCUCGAUCGUCUGGAAACCAGCACGUUACAGAGCUGCAGCCACCUCUUCAAAUAGUUCACCAGGCUCCAAAUCUUCUCUCAGCCACACCUUGCGGACCACCAUAUAAUACCAAUCCUUCUACUAUGCCAACCAGAACACCAUCUACUCCUGUCACCACCAGUACACGACCAUCAACCGCUAUACCCACCGCUACACCAAGCAGACCACCAUCUAUGGCCAUUCCCACCAGCACACCAAGCCAACUACCAUCUAUUGCCACUCCCACCAGCACACCAAGCAGGCUACCAUCUACUGUUAUCCCUACCAGCACACAUAAUAGACCACCAUCUACCACUAUCUCCAUCAGCACACCAAACAGACCGUCAUCUGCUGCCAUCCCCACCAGCACAAUAAACAGAACGUCAUCUGUCACCGUCUCCACCAGUGCUUCAAACAGGCAACCCUCUACUUUCAUCCCCACAGGUACACCAACCAGACCUCUAACUACCGCUGCCCCCACCAGCACACCAACUAGACCGCUGCCUACUAUCAACCCCAUCACCCCCUCUAGCAGACCUAUAUCUAAUAUUAACCCAAUUAUGCCUCAUAACAGAUCUAGCCAACCACCCCCGAACAUCAACCACGUCACCCCUUCCACCAGGAUUCCACGAGGAACUGGUGAAAUCCGUGCUCCAGCCCCACACAUCCGACCUUUUAGGCCUUCAACUUCUAUAUCUCAUAAUGAAUUUGCAUCUCGCAGAGUAAUUUCAAGUCAACACAUAUCAAGCAGUUUGCCACUGUCUCAAACUUUAGCCCAGCCGCCACAAAAGCCACCAUCUUUGACAAGUAAUUGCCUUCCUACUCAGGAUUCCCCAAGUAGUACACCUUUGACGUCUCCAAUGGUGACCCAAGCUUCAUCCCAGCCACCAGCAUCAGUGCCCUUAGCACCAUCAGUGUCAUAUCAGCUACCACCAUUGCACUCUUUGUAUUCACAAGAUAAUGUGCCUGCGACCUCAACCUCACAUUCCCAAAUGUCACUACCACCAAUGCCAUCAAUACCCAUUAGCAACACUGGGCUUUAUAGUGCGUCUGACAGGCCAACUCCUGGUAUUUUAAGCCAACCGGCUCUUGAUUUGCUCAAGGAAAUAGAUAAACGAGCUGCUAUUCAUCAGACAAACAUGUAUUCACCUCCAUCUGAGCUUGGUAAGUUUGGUAAAGUCGGCAAUGAUAGUGGCCUAGUUUGUUUGUCAGAUGAUGACUAACUGACACUUGUAUCCUUGCGGUUAAUAACUGCUAGUGAACAAAGUCCCCUUUUGGAAAAAAGUAUUAAACUGCUAACUAGUAGUGAAAUUUUUUGCUUGGUUAGUCUACUAGUGGAAUAUCUGAUACUUUAUUUAUUGAUCUUCCAAAGACAAGUUCAGACACUAUGAUGUAAUCUAACAUCUUAUUUGCUCAACGUGUUUGGCUUUGCCUCUCUUACUCGGCAUGCCGCGUUGCAAGAUUUUCGAACCAAA